AUGGCAGCAGACAAGAUUCCCACCAUCAUCGAGUCAGCACUCUCCAACGAGAAUGCACGCACUGUCGUGCUGGGUGAUCUAGCUCCAGCAGCAACAACGUUCCCUCACUACCACAAUCUAUUCUCCGAGACUUUCACGAUACUCGCCGGCUCCAUGACCAUCUACACGUCCCCUGACAUGACCGAAGCAUCAUUCGAGGCUACCGUUCUUGCUAUCGGCGAGUCGAUCACGGUGCCACCAGGCCAGCUACAUAACUUCCUGGUUGGUGACGAGGGAGCAAGCAGCAAAGUGACCUUUGAGCCAGGGAAUUUGGACUUUGAGCGGGCAAUGUUGAUCAUACGUGGGACACAGAGAGACAACCUCUAUCAGGAGCAUGCUAGCAUGACAGAAGAGAAUGCCAUCUAUAUGGCCGUUAUGGGAGAGCUCCUGAAUGCUGGGGCUGUGGGUGAGUUGAAAGCUAUGAUGGAUGGACUGUACGCGACCAAGGGCGAUGAGAUCCGAGGAAAGAGAAGGGAGCUUAUAGCGAAGUACGCCUCGGAUGAGCAGAUGCUUCUAGAAGAGUGUAGAAUAGAUACUCAUUGA